AGUAUGACUGACUGCCUGGCACACCCUGCCUGUAUCUCUAUCUGUAUAGCCGGUAUAACCGCCUUUCGGUGUAACACACCAGCUUCCGUACAUGUAUGAUCAGUGAGUGAGUCUGUGCAGCACACCUAGAUUGUGUGAGUACGCCCCUGACUGUCUGUACAGGUAUGAUCAGUGUUGUCUGAGACUCUACAUUGUAAGUCAGCAUCCAGCCCAGCACUAUGAAGGCCGACCCUGCGAUGUUAGCCCUCGCGACUCUCGCGCUCAUCUCUGCGGCGACAAGCCUGGAAACCGCCGGCACAGACUCCACCGCCAGCACGGAGACAUGGGGCUCGAGUGGGACCGUUCCGCCGUUCCUGUCCUCCAUGACUCCGCCCGUCGACAGCACGGCGUACCCAACCUUCCCGGAGGGCUACCGGCCGUGGGACAGGCCGCUGCAAGACCAGCCUGUUGAUGUGAGCUGCAGCGUCUAUAUAGACAGCAUGGGGUCCUUCUCAGAGAAAACCAUGGACUUCUCGUUAAGUCUGAUCAUGGGUUGUGAGUGGAGCGACUUCCGUCUGGCGAACAUAUCCACCGAAAGCUGGUCCCCUCCCCCGGAAAUGCACAUCUGGAAGCCGAGUAUCGAGGUGGUGAUGAAGGAGGAGUCGGGAGAGUCGCACCCGGUCGUCAGCGUGUCUCCGGAGGGGAACGUCCUGCAGAUGAGAUGUUUGAGGAAAAAUCUGUCAACUUUUCAUAACAACAGGUUAAUCACUCCCGUAAUCACCGUAAUGAUAGAACAGGCUGUCAUGGAAACAGCGUCUCGCUCUAUAGAAAUCAGCGGUGGUCCGCAGCCAAUAAGCGUAAUUCUCAUGGAACGCUUUCAGCAGAACCAGGGAAUCACAGGGCGGAUACAACUGCGGGAAAUCAAUGCACAGUUUCCUAUAGUCAAACACAGAAGCUUCCCCCAAGCGGAAAUCCAUGGGGCGGAAAAGGGAAGGAUGUUUGGGUUCACAGAACACACCGAGCAGCAGGUGUACACCUUGAAGGUGACUUGCCUGAUGCAGCUGCAGGCCUACCCGCUGGACCGGCAGAAGUGCAGCGUUCUGUUCAACAUCCUUGGCGGCGUGCGGAUCCUGUGGGGAUGGUCCACUUACUGGUUUCCCGGGGCGACGCCGGUGGUGACGCGAACAUCCGGGCUCCACUCGCAGCUGCAGCUGGAGACGGUGGAGACGUUUGCCUACGUCAACUCGCUGGUGUUGCCAGAGGCGAUCUGCGUGUACGAGGGCGGCGCCUGCGACUACGGCGAGACGGAGAACUGCCUGCGGAAGCAGUGCACCAGCGUGGAGAGGAUCACCUCGCAGGAGUGCCGCACCUGCAACUACUUCAGCGGGGUCUGCCACAACGGCACGGUCCAGGACUGCAAGAGUCUGCACGCCGUGACGCAGGGUGACCAGGUCUUCACGACCGGCGAGCUGCGGUUCACGCUGACGCGGCGACUGUCGUACCACCUCCUGCAGACCUACAUCCCGUCCAUCAGCAUCGUGGCCAUGUCGUGGAUCUCCUUCUGGCUGAACAAGGACGCUGCUCCCGCCAGGACGGCGCUGGGCGUCACCACUGUCCUCACCAUGAUCACACAGAGCGGCCGCACGGAGGCCAUGCCGGAAGUGUCGUACGUGCGGGCCGUGGACGUCUGGCUGCUGGUGUGUCAGCUCUUCGUCUUCCUGGCGCUUAUCGAGUACGCCUCCGUCAACUACAUCUCAAGGACCAUCAGGGCCAAGAGUGAGACGCCUAGCGACCAUACAGAAAACUGCCAUUUCUUCAAGAUACAAGAAGACUCCCACAAUCAGAAUCACCUUGAGACUCCUGUGAAGGUCACAAAGAUGGACGGCAGGCAGAUAGCCGAGAAAGUGGACGAAAUCAGCAAACUGCUCUUCCCGCUGGCCUUCCUACUCUUCAACCUCCUCUACUGGUCAGUCUACUUCUUCGUGGUACGCUGAAGUGCGAAACCAUGCAGCGUCACCACCAGUUGUGCAGGACGUCAUCGAAACUAGGGCACAGAACCGUGAAGCGUCAUCAUUCCAGGGGAAAUAUGACGU